AAAUGGCAGUGCAGGAUGAAACCAAAAUGCGCGUUGAUUAAACGUAUUGCAUUCUGUGUAUGUUGUAUUGUAGUGUUUUAAUGUGCAUGUUAAAUGCGUCGUGUGUGAAUAUAAUAAGCAGACUGGAGCUAGGUAACCCCAGACGCUUAGACCUGGAACGGGUUUGUAACAAAGCGGGCGACAGGCGCCAUGUACCGAGGAAACAGUAGGCCGCAAAGAGGAGGCUAUCCUCUUGCAGCGCCUCACGGCUUUUACCCCCGCGGUGCUCCUCCACCUUUCCCCCGAGCCCCGUACCGGCCCAGCAGCAGCAGCAGUAGUAACGGUUAUCCUCCCAACUACCGCGCCAGUCCCGAGCCGCGCCGCCGCGCAUCCCCAGUAAAAGGACCCGGCGAGGAGUACAGAGACUGGCCAUCCCACAGAGACUACGCUCAUAAAUAUUCCCCUUCACCCUCUUAUGGUGGGUUACCCUCUGACCAUAGUCUUGUUAUAACCGUGGGCAAUGAGCUGACAAAUCUCUCCCAGAGAGCAGGACCAGACAUUUCUUCUGCCAGGGAUUACUCACCACACCGGUCGAGCCACAAAGGCUAUGAUGAUUGCAGCUUAAAAUUAAGCAGUCGGAGCCACGGAAGGAGCAGGAGCCGCAGUCCAGACCGAAUUCGCAGCAAAAGCCGACCUCGCAGCAGGAGCAAGAGCCGACCUCGCAGCAGGAGCAAGAGCCGUACUCGUGCUGUAAGUCGCAGCAGGGCUCUAAGUCGCGGGCGCAGCAGACCACGCAGCAGUAGCAGGAGUAGAAGUCGGAGCAGAAGCAGGGCAAGAAGUAGAGCAAGGAGCAAGGCAAGGAGCCGAAGUAGGAGCCUCAGUCGGGGAAGGUGCCGCAGCAGAAGAAGGAGCCCUAGUCGCAGUCGAAGCAGUAGCUCUAGCAGCAGCAGGGGCCGCAGAGCCGGCAGCAAACGUAAGGACGACUUUGAAGAGCUCAAAAGGGCUCGGCGACGUAAAGAACUGGAGAACAUGCUGAGUAUGCCCACUAAAUCGAUUCUUAAAAAGAGAGUUGAUUCAUCUGAAACUAAUUCUCCCAUGAUAAACCAGGAAACCGAUUCCCCACGAAGUCCUGGCCAUGGUCUUUCAAAGGAUGCUGAAGAGCUACUAAGUGUUGUGAGCAAAGACAUAAACCCAGCUCUGUUGGCAUCAGUCCUUUCUCAAAAUCCCAAUUCCAGUGCUCUUGAAGACCUAAUAAGAAGACUCCAGCCUGCCAACGAAAGUGGACAUGAUUUUUCUUUCCCUUGUGGGAGAAGCAGCCAGGAGAAUGCAGACCUUACUCAGCUUCUCAGUGUGAUGGCAGAGACAGUAGCCCAACAACAAGACAAAAAGAAAAACUUUGUAGAUAUUGAUGAUGAAGAGAAGUUCCUUUAUGGGGAUGAAGAGGAGGAGGACAACAUUCCAGCUAACGAUGUGCCGAAAUCAGGACAAAGUAGCUUGUUGAGUGUCUUGGAGAAUACUGGAGCUGAUGUUCUGCUUCGUGAAACAAAAGCAGAUGUGACACAGACUCACAGUGCACAGCAUGACGAAUAUGGAGUGUCUGAAAGUCGUUCAAAAAAACAGGGCAGGCGUUGUGAGACCUCGGUUGAAGAACCGCAUGAUUAUCCACCAGGAACCGAACUUCAGGAUGCUAAAGUUACCAAUGAAGUGGAGGAAUACGAAAAGAUACAGGACCUCCUCAAGACCAUUGGCCUUGACCUGGGUGUGGCUGAGAUCAGCAAAAUGGCUGCCAGGACACAGGAACGCCUCCAUGGUAAGAAUCCUGCUAAAAAGCCCCCUAAGAGGCAUUGUCCUGACACAAGACAUAGAAGUCGCAGCAGAAGUUGCAGCAGCAGCCGUAGCAGCAGAAGCAGCAGCAGUGGGAGCCAUAAUAGAAGUAGCAGUUGCAGUAGGAGCAGGAGUGGCAGUCGCAGCAGCUACAAACACACCUCAAGACGUGGCAGAAAGAAAUCAGUUCCAAAAGAAAGACGGUCUUCACAGUCAAUCGGUCAGAGCCAGAGAGAGGCUCUGCCUGGGACUAAAGACGAAGAAACUGCAUGGACUAAUGCAGCUCCUCCACCUCCUGAAGCUGUGCCUCCUGUAACCAGUCCUUUUUCUGUUCACCCUGUCCAUCAAAUGCCUCCCUAUCCACAGGCACACACGCAUGGAGUUUUGCCUCCUAGCUAUCCUCCUCCUGGGUAUGACGCAUAUGGGAACUACGUGUCAUAUAUGCCCCAAGGUUGGCCCAUGUAUCCACCUCCUGGUAUACCACCGCCACCACUGAGUCCCAUUGAGCGACCCUACCUUAAAGUAAUCAAUACAGAGGCUAAUGAAGCGGAAAAAGAUAAAGGACCAAAGGUGGACCCAAUACAUAGCAUGACUAUUGCAUGCAGUGGAAAUCAGAGGAGGGUGACUGAAGAAAAGAAUAAUGCCAAACAAAAACAAAAGGUCACUGAGGAACUAAUAAAGUUAAAGGAGGACAAAGAAGCCCGAAUGAGAAAAAAAGAAUCUCUAAUAAAGGAGCUGGAGACACUGCGAAAACAUCAAGGUGAGCUUCUAAGAAAAAAGAGAAGGGAGAAAGAUGGACACAAGGACCCCAUUCUUGUGGAACUUGGUCGACUUCAGGAGAACGUAAUGGCCCAGAUUUCAAAUCUACGGGCUGAACAUGAUGAAGCAGAAAGGAAGUAUGAUGAGCUGGUCAAGGUGGCAAAAAUCCUGGGGCUGGACCACAAAAAUCUGAAGAGCCGUGAGGACCAUGAGCAUUCACCUCCUCAUAGCAAGUCUAAAGAGCCUCGAAGCCCAGAGAAAUCUAAAGCUUCCUCCAGCACAUCCACCACUCAGGCUGGCAAGUCAUCAACCCCAGGAAGCAGUGCAAAAAAGCCAGAGUCAUCAGAGUUAUUUGACUACUAUGAUGCAGGAAACCACUGGUGCAAAAACUGUAACACUACUAGUGGCUCUAUGUUUGACUUUUUUACACAUUUGCACAGCAAAACCCACAGGAAGACUUUAGAUCUUUAUGACAGGCCCUGGGCUUCAAAUUCUGAAAGUGAGAAGAAGCGUCCUACUGGUCAACUUAUUUCUAAGCCAGCAAAAGGCUCUGAGUUUUUGAUUCCUGUGAGGGGAUUUUUUUGCCAGUUGUGUAGAGAAUUCUUUGGUGAUCCUGUUUGUGCAGAGGCCCAUGUCACAUGUCAAGUACACAAUGAGAAAUACAAGAAACACAUAUAUGAGACCCCGCUUUAUGAGGAGCGUAGGAAGUUGGAUCGCCAGGCCGGCAUGGAGAGCCAAAAAAAGCAAACUGAGCAGAAACGAAAGCAUGAAGAUGACGACUCCCAGAACGAGAAGAAAGAGUCUAGCAAAGAAGUGAAAAGGGCUAAAAACAAGGAUAAAGAAGAGUAUAGACCUACAAACAGCAAGGAACAUGAACAAAAAUCUAAAAAUAUUAAAGAGGAACUGUAUGAUCCUAAAUUUGAGAAGGAGGAGAGGACCAGGUAUGCAAAGGAAGAAAUGGAGAGGAACAAGUACAGAAAGGAUGAAGAGCGGUACAGGCAAAGAAAGAUAGAUGAAGAGAAAUACAAAUAUGAGGAACAGAGAUCUAGAUACAAGGAAGAAAAUCGGUACAAGCAUAAUGAAGACAAUGAUGUCUAUAGAUACAGGAAGGAAGAUGAAAGGUCCAAGUACAGAAGAGAUGAUGAAAAGAAAUAUAAGUAUGGUCGUGAGACUGAGGAAGGCAGGAAACCAAAAUACAGUGAGGAAGAGGGGUCAAAGUGGCCAAAAUCUAAACGGCAGGAUGAUGCUGAAGAGGUAGAGGAAAGGGUUAAGAGUGAUAUAAAGCAACACCAAAAAGACAAGCCUGCCGGUGGCAAAGACGAGAGAGAAAAGACCUCUGCCAAAGAUGUCAAGGAGUCUGCAAAACCUACUGAGCCUCCAAAGGUUAUGUGUGGGCCAAGUCCAGCUAUGCUGGCAAAACUUCGCAAAAAGAAUGAGGACGUCAGUUCACGUCCUGUCUUUGGCAAAUUCACUUGGAAAAAGCCUGAAAAGACAGCUCUGGAGAAGGAAGCCGAAAGAAUGGCAGCACAGUUUAUAAAGGAAGAAGAGAGAGCUGCAGAGGAGGCCAACAAAGAAACUGAAGAUGCAUUUGCUAAGUCUGUGGCUGCUGCCAAAAGUAUUGCUAUAAAACUGUCAACCGGUAACCCUUCCCAUGAAUGGGAAGCCAUAAACCAAGUUAAAAUUCAGCCUAAUUCAUGUACUUCUAAUUUUUUGAGGAAAUCCAGUGUUGAGGACCAAAUCAAACCAGCUGCUGCAGACAAUGUCUCCUCAGUUGCUGAAGGUCUAAAAAAACAGCUGGAUAACGAACCUAUGCUGUCGGCCGAUUUAAUCUCCAAGGCUUUUGGUGGUGAGCAGGUGCAGCUGGAAACUGCAGGUGAUGACAUAUCUAGUCCGACACCUGCUGCAGACACCACCGUGGUAACAUCUACUUCAGCCACCAAAACAAUUACUUCAGUUGCAGCAACGGUUAUAUCAGCUCCAUCAUCCACAGUGCAGGAAGUAAAUACUGUCAGGCCAAGGGCUUCUACUGAAUGUUUGAUUACUUAUGAGGCUGAUGUGUCUGCUCCUGGUGUACAGGAGAAGGAAAAACAAAACCAAAUUGUGGUCAGACCUCCACCCAAACUACAGUCCAGUGCUACUUCUUUUAAAUCAGUCAAGCCUAAAACAAGUCUAGCAGCGGCGAAAGUAAAAGACUUGUUUGACAUUUUCUAUGGCGGUGGAGCUAUGGCUAGCUCUGGAGUUUCAAGCUCUAGCAAUAAGGCUAGCUUUAAACUUGAAUCUAAAGCCAGUUCAGAGUGUCAGGUGACCACUCAAGAAAACAGUUCAACUAAGACUAAGGGACCAGAGACUAAAGACUCAACUCAGGUCUUUGAAUCAGAUGUGAAGUGUGAGGAACCAUCUAAAGAAGAAGAAGAAGCAAAGUCUGAUCCACCAGCUUUGAACCAAAAUUCCCAGGAUGAGAAACCACUUGUAGAUAAAGACUUAAAAACUAAAGAGUAUGGCGACAAUGAGAGUAUGGAGGUGACGAUGCUUGAUUCCAAGAAUGAAGCAGGCACCCUGGACUGUUUAACUAGCUCAGACAUGAUGGAGAACAUUGAGAUGAUGGAAACAAAUGAUAACCAGAAUCCUGUGGACUCUGAGGAGGCUAUUGCUCUUUCAUUCUCUCCUCCACCAGGUUCUUUUACAGAGCAACUAAACCUGGACACGUUUGAGUUCAGUUUUGACUCUUUGUAAAUAUUCUUUAUCCUGUAAAGUUAGGGACGUGCAUUUAACCUCUUGAUGUAUCAGUGACGUUGAUUUAAGGCUUCAAGUUGUUUCAUAUAUUCUCUUCACUUCUUGGCAGGUAAUGCCAGUGAAAUGCUGGACUGACAAGCAUUCUGAAGUGGGUUUGGACAGGAGAUUCCAUUAAAAGAAUGAACAUUUUCUCAACAAGUAAUGAAUCAUUAAUACAUGUGAAAUGUUACAAAUUUUUUUAUGUCCAGGGUUUUACACUCCCUGAUUUUUCUCGCUUUAUUUGCAGCUGAAACUGUUCCUUUAAAAAGGAAAGGUAAUGUAAACUAUUCUUUUAUAUUAUCUGAGAUCAGUUUAAGUUUAAAUCCAUUCCACCACAUUUCUAAGUAAAUGAAAGAUAUUUCAAUACAGGAUUCAGAGAUCCAAGCUCAGAGGAAAAAGGAACUGGUGUGGAGUUGUCUUGACAUGUGUUUUUACAGGUCCAGAAGAAGACCUCAAUAGAAGCCAGAUCUAUGUGUUGUCAUUUUAGAUCCAGUUUUGCUGUUCCUUAUCUAGUUUCAGUAUGAAAAUACACUUGAUCUCUAAUUCCUGGUGUACAUGGUCUGGUUUAAAUAAACUCCAGUGACGUCUU